AUGGAGUCGUCCAGGAGAGAUUCCGGCCAUCUCGAUGCAGCUGGUGAUCGAGAAGUCGUGUUCUGUCACAACUGUUCCAACGAAUGGUAUCGGGAUCAGCAGGGCCUAGAGUGUCCCAGGUGUGAGAGUGACAUCACAGAAAUUAUUAGCCUAGAGAACGACCCUCGAGACUUUGACCAAUCCUCCGGUGCGACGUCACCCGACCCCUCCGGCCCAGCACGUUACUAUGAAGACUCGGAUCCUGACGAAGCUGAUAUCGAAGAUCAUAUGGAAGGAAAUCAUGGGUUUGCUUUCCACCGGAGCACCCGGCAGGGUCCUAAUCGCGAACACCACAAUCCAGAAAUGGAGCCUGUAAUCUCCCGUUUUUUCGACAUGAUAAACGGCUUCAGUAAUGACGGACAAUCAAAUAUUUCGAGGCAGUAUUCUGCAAUGCGACCUGGAGAUGACUUGCAUCAUAACCCUGGUGUCAGUCAUCAACACCAUCACCAUCAUCAUCACCAUCAUCAUGAAUCAGAUCAUUCUCAUAACCACGAUCAUGAAUCAGAAGCCGAACCCCAAGCCAACCCCGAACAAACUUAUGCACGACAGUUUUCCUCAGCUCGUAUUCAUCGAACAACCUUUAGAAGUGGUCCGUUCGGGACUGCGAGUGUUACUAUUUUCUCAGGUCCAGUUCGAGGCGUUGCCGGCAACCCCUCGGUCGAGGGUAGAGGGGACCCUUUCCAAGAGUACGUAAAGGACAUGCGUUUUGUUCCUCAGCAUCCGAUGAAGGUCGGACAAUCAAUAUUCGCCAAUGUCAUGCGAGACAUAGGCCCCCCAGAUGGCCGAGAUCCAGAUGGUCGACAACCAGAUGCUCCAUCUCCUGCAUUCCUCCGUGGUCUGCAGGACAUUCUAGGACUCCUCAACCCUGCUAACGCAAUGGCUGGCGAUGCUGUCUAUUCCCAAGAAGCUUUAGAUCGCAUCAUCUCUCAACUUAUGGAAGCAAAUCCUCAGUCAAAUGCAGCCCCACCCGCCUCGGAAGAAGCCCUGAACAAACUGGACCGGCGCUCCGUGGAUAAAGAAAUGCUAAGUCGAGAUUCGAAAACUGAAUGCUCGAUCUGCAUUGAUGACCUCAAAGAAGGCGAAAAGGCUAUUUUCCUACCUUGCAAACACUGGUUUCAUGAAGAUUGUGUAGUUCUGUGGUUGAAGGAACACAAUACCUGUCCCAUAUGUCGGUCACCAAUCGAGAAGAGUGAGCAGGGUAGCGAGGCUGGCAAUCGUGAUAGGAGUGGCCCAACACCACCGAGCGACAACUCGUCCAACACCCCAGAUAUCAUCAAUCCAGGAUUCGGUUUCGGAUACCCAGGAAACAACUCAGGAGAACCGUCUGGAAUUGGACGUUGGUUGUUUGGAACAAGAACAGACAACAGCGCGAAUCACGCCGCAGGUUACACACCAGAUGAACGUAGCCCCUCCCCGGCUGUCUUCAGUGGUGCAUCAACCCCUGCACAACCUACGCAACCUCCCCGACGGCCUGUCCGUCUACCCGGCAGUCACGUACGCCUACAUGAAGCCUUUCGGUUCGGAGGGGAGAGAGACAGGGAGAGGGAGAGGGAGAGGGAGAGUGAUAAUGAACGGGACAGGGAUAGAGACCAAGGCUCCUCAUCCGGAGUGAGCUAUGACACUUCGCGAAUGCAACGUCGCAAUUCAAUGUCGCCAACCAGCCCUAGAGGAGUUGGUAUUGGUGAGCAGAGUACUCGGUUUAGACAGCGGAGCCCUUCUCAAAAUACACGCGACUCCCGACAUUCUUCUACGAAUGGUGGCCCUAUCAGCUGGCUACGGGGACGGUUUUCGGGUGGAGGAAACGGUAACAGUCCGUCUCGUGAUGAAAGACAAUCCUAG